GGCUCCGCCCCCCGCCCGCCCGGGCUCCGCCCCCCUCGCCCGCCGCCGCCGCGUGUCCCUCCGCGCGCGCCGUCCCUUCCGGCUGGCGGUAAGAUGGCGGCGCCGGGGCUUUCCAAGGCCGAGUACCUGCGGCGCUACUUGAGCGGGCCGGCCGCCGCAGAAGCCGCCCAGCCCCGCCGCCGCCGCAAGAAGAAGCCGCCGGGCGGCGCCGGCAGAGGCGGGAUGCGGAUCGUGGACGACGAUGUCAGCUGGAAUAGCAUCGCUGCUGUCCAGGAGAAGGAGGAGGAGGAGGAGGACGAAGGGGACAUGCCCGUGGUGGCAGAAUUUAUUGAUGAGCGUCCAGAUGAAGUGAAGCUCAUGGAGGAAUUCCGAACAAAUACGAAAUGGAAACUUUUAGGCGACCAGAAUGAAGACUCACAAAGUUCAGAUAUUUCAGUACCUGCCAAAUCUACCGCGAGGCGACAGCGCCACGACUCCCCAGACAGCUUGCCACCAAGGAGACUGCGGCAUGACUCCCCGGACAAAUCGCCUCCAGGGCAACAGCGCCAUGACUCCCCGGAUCUGUCCCCUCCCAGGCGAGAGAGAAACAAUUCCGCCAACCUCUUGCCUCCCAGGCGACAGCGCCACGACUCCCCAGACCUCUCGCCACCAAGAAGGAAGCGCCAUGACUCCCCAGACCUCUCGCCACCAAGAAGGAAGCGCCACGACUCCCCGGACCAAUUUCCCCCAAGACGGAAGCGUCACGACUCCCCGGACCUGUCACCUCCCAGGCGACAGCGUCACGACUCCCCGGACCUGUCACCUCCCAGGCGACAGCGUCACGACUCCCCGGACCUGUCACCUCCCAGGCGACAGCGUCACGACUCCCCGGACCUGUCACCUCCCAGGCGACAGCGUCACGACUCCCCGGACCUGUCACCUCCCAGGCGACAGCGUCACGACUCCCCGGACCUGUCACCUCCCAGGCGACAGCGUCACGACUCCCCGGACCUGUCACCUCCCAGGCGACAGCGUCACGACUCCCCGGACCUGUCACCUCCCAGGCGACAGCGUCACGACUCCCCGGACCUGUCACCUCCCAGGCGACAGCGUCACGACUCCCCGGACCUUUCUCCAAAGAGAGUCAGUUCAGCAAUGGGGAAAAAGGGCUGCAAAACCACAGACAAGUCGCAGUUAGUGGGAGUCCAAGGAGGGCAAUCUCAGCUCAGGCACGGUGUCUCUGACAAGUCCUCGUCACGUCAGAAGCGUCAGGCUACUCCAGAUCUAUCCCCUCCACGGAAGAAGAGGUACGAUUCUGACCCAGAUUUGUCACCGCCUCGGAGAAAGAGGACUGGGUCACCUAGUCUGAAAAAGCAGAGCCGAACAAAACGUGCUUCUCCAGCCACCAAAAAGCUUAGGCAGGUGCCCUCACCUCAGAGGUGCCCAAGGCAUGACUCUGAGUCUCCAUCUCCGCGGAGGGCUACCCGGAACGCCUCCGAUGCAGACCACAGGCUAGGCCGUGUACGCAGUGAUUCCCCUAAGCGUGUUCCUCUCAAACAGAAUCAGAGCAAAUCUUCAGACUCUGAUUUAUCUCCUCCACGACGGACUGUGCCAGCUGGUGAGGAUCAGCGCAGUUUGAGGAGUCCCCCUGACCUCUCACCUCAUCACCACCGUGAUGCUAAGGGAUCUCCCAAGAAGGCAAACGUGAUGUUAUCUGGGGUCAAAGCUGGCUUGGUGUCAGCUGAUGUGCUGCGGAGGGAACAGCAGGAGCUCAGGAGGCAUGAGAGAAAUAACAAGCACUUGGAAGAGGAAUCCCGACACUCUGAGACCGUCUUCCGAGACAAGUCAGGCCGCAAGAGGGACCUUGUGCAGGAGCGGCUGGAGCAGAGGCAGAAAGCUGAAGCAAAGUCCGAGAGAGACGAGCAAUACGCCAAAUGGGGAAAAGGGCUAGCGCAGGGGAGGCAACAGCAGCAGAAUGUGGAAGAUGCUAUAAAAGAGAUGCAGAAGCCAUUGGCUCGUUAUAUUGAUGACCAGGAUCUGGAUCGAAUGCUGCGGGAACAAGAGAGAGAAGGAGACCCCAUGGCUGACUUCAUCAAAAAAAGGAAGGCCAAAGAGAACAAAGAAAAGAAAGAAAAACCUAGGUACAAUGGACCAGCACCUCCACUCAACAGAUUUAAUAUAUGGCCCGGGCAUCGCUGGGAUGGUGUGGACAGGUCCAAUGGAUUUGAGCAGCAGCGCUUUGCCAGGAUUGCCAACAAGAAGGCAGUUCAGGAGCUCGCGUACAAGUGGAGCGUUGAGGACAUGUAGGCAAGAUGAAGAACUGUGCAAAGCAGUACUCCAGAGGUUCAGCUACUGGCAGAGCUGUGCGGAAUGGCUCACUCUGCCUGGGCCAAGCCCUAUCCUCGGCGUUCAGCAUCCCAGCGGACCAUCCUCUGAGAGGCAAGGCUGAAUUUAGAGGAGAGCUGCCAAAAGAGGAUUUUUCCAGCAGCCAGAGAGAACGAGCGCAGAGAACUGCAGCGGUGUUAUUUGGAGCAGGGCAGUGGCUGAGUGUGGCGGACAGGUGUGGUGGCUGCUGCCUGCCAGACUACCUCAGCUCUCUGGCGCUCUCCCAUAAGGUGCUGCAGACAUUGGUUUCUGGUCCCUUUAUUUGUCUUCUAACAAACCGUAGAAAUGAUAUGCUUAAUUGUUUUUAUGCCAAAUGCUUUGUCCUCUGAGGGCGGUUCAUAAGUCUUCAGCUGUCCUAAAUCUCAGGUUUUUCUUCAUCGUGAAAGUAUACUGAACGCUUGGUCCCUGGAGUUAACCUCAUCCAGUAGGUCAGUCUGUUCCAGAGUUCCAUUGCAGUUUCAGUUGUGCUUGAGUUGUGCCAGGGAGCAACUAUACCCUAAAACUACUUAGUACUGUGAGCUGGUUUGCCUCUGGGCUGAUGUCAGAUCUGCCCCACGUCCUUCCCAGUGCACCCAAAAGGCUUCUGUUAAGUUAGUGUAGUUAUCAGGCCCUCUAGAGUUCACGGAGUCACCGACUUGCAGUGAAGUUAGUAAAGCUCAGCUUCUCCUAGCCCUGUCUGAGCAGGAAGCUGCUUGCUCUGUAGCCCUCUGGCUCUCUCCUACGAGAGGUUCAGAGACGAACCCGCAAUGCUGCAUUCAGCAGCAAAAUCUUCAGGAGCCCCUGCAACUCUUUGGGGGUCAGUUUCUUAUGGAAAUAAACAUACGGAGGGUGUUUAAAUUGCCUCCUCUGACCGUUAUUUCAGACCCCCCCAGACUUCACACCGGACAGUGGUGCUGAUAGCUUGGCGCUUCCCUCGUGCUGCUACCUGGGGGCUAGCUUUAGCGUGAAGUGUAACCCCUCUCUUGUGGUCAGAUUUGUCAGGCUGGAGGCAGAGGCCAGGCAGAGAGCUUCCUUAAUCCCUGCUUGUGAGAAAGCACUUCUGGAAAUAAAUACAGUUGUUCCUCUCUAUGUCCCAGGGAGUGUGUCUUAAAUGCAGCCAGCAGUUUCCAUGGAGAUGCCUUGUCUUCAGUACUGGUCAGAGCAGUUCUGGUGUCUGGCCCCCUGUGCGGUGAUUCUUGAGUGCUAGGAGGGCUGUGGGUGCGAAGCGCAGGGACAAAGUCUUCUCUGGAGUGGGAGAGUCUCGGGACUUCCCUCCCUGUUUUUUUUAUUCACUGUGUUACGUUUCUAGCGGUCCUGUAAUCUGUGUGUACACUUGUAAAUAACAGCUUUCUUUUUUUACUUGA